GGGCCAGUGCCGGGAUUGUUGGGGAGGGGGCGAGGUCUGUAUUGGGCUGUCAGCAAAAUCUGCAAGGGCGCUUCCCUAAGAAGACACGGCCGCUGGAGGUGAUGCCUUCUGCAAAGAAGACGGAUGCCUGCAGAGGGUCUGUGACUUUGGGGAAAGAGGCUGGCAUCGAGGAAGAGGAGGAGGAGCCCAAAGAGGGAAGUUCUGGUGGCCAAGACAUCCUGCGGGAGCGGGGAGGCUGGGGGGCUCAAGGGUUGCCUCGGAAGUGAGUCAGGGGCCCAGGCACUGGGAGGCAGACGAUGGGGCUGGAGGGGGCAGGAUGUCGCAGUCAGUUUGCAGAGGUCCCCACCUGUCAAAAUGCCCAUCCUGAAGAACCUAGGGGUGGCAGACUCUAAGGUGCCCCGGGCGGGGACUCUGCCCCUGAGGUCCUCUCGGAACCCCUUUGAGGAAGUCUCAGGGCUGGAAGAAGAAGAGACCGGAGAGCUGGGGACCCUGCCCAACGGAACAUCAUGUCGCCGCCGCGCCACCCUGGAAAAGCUGGCAGGCCUGGCCCCCUUCCGGCUGGGUAGAAGCCCCGGCUGGCGAGUGGGCAGCCCUGGGGACGGGCAGCCUCGCUCUUUCCUGGGCCGGGUGCUGACACCAGGGAUGCGUAGGAGCUCAGCAGAUUUCGGCCUCCUGGCCAGGCUUCAGGGGACCCGAGCCCAGGGCAACGAGGAAGCGGCUGGGGAGGCUGCACGGAGACUGGCCUUCCUGAGACUGGGGCGCGGGCCCAAGCCCCGGCGCGCAUCGCUGGCUGAGAGGGUGGUGCCUGCGGGCGAGGCAGCUCCCGAGCCCCCGCCCAAGGUCCCGGAGCCCCCAAAGAUGAAGGAGCCAUUGUCAGUGCUGGAGAUCCUGGGCUUGAUCCAGCAGCGCGAGCUCGCCCGCGCCGACGAGCACAUCUUGGAGCUGGAGGCCGAAGAGCUGGCGUCGUCGGGGGGCGGCGCACCCGUGCCACCCAAAGCCGAAGGCGCGGGCAGCCCCUCAGGCGGGGGCCGCCGGGCGCGGGACGUGGCUCUGCUGUACGAGGCCCUGCAGCGCGAGCUGUGGGCGCUGGUGCGCGAGACGCUGGCGGGCCCCGGGCCGGGCGCGGGCGCCGGGCCGGGCGCCGUGGCGCAGCUGGGCCAGGUGCUGGUGCAGGAGGAGGCGGCCGACGGGCGCCGGGGACCCGAGGCGGCCCGCAAGCUGCGCGCCCGCUGGGCCGAGGCGGUGGCACGCGCCGCCCGGGAGCGCCUGGAGGCGGCCGCGCCGGGGGCGCCCGGAGGCCUGGCGGGGCAGCUGGAGGCGCUGCGGGGGCGGCUGCUGGAGGAUAUGGGCGUAGUGCGGGGCCGCCUGGCUCCCUCCUACCCCGCCGGCCUGGGCGCCUUUGGCGUCUACCUGCGCGGCUACCACGGCGCGCUGGCCGAGUGGAUCGGAGCCGCCGCCCGCCGAAGGCUCCCGCUGACCGACCGCUACGCGCUGCUGCACUGGCACAACCAGGUGUACCCCAGAGAGGUCCUAGGUCUGGUGGACAUGGUCGCCCUGGAGAACGGGGAGCUGGGGCCCCUUCUUUCCCCCGGCACCCUUCGUGGCUUGGAGGAUGAGUGUGUCACAGACGUUAAGGCUCAGACGCGGGCAGCUCUCCUUCGAGUGCUGCAGGAGGAUGAGGAGCACUGGGGAAGCACGGAGGACUGGUCCAGCAGCCUGGCACAGGAUGUGUGUGAGCUGCUGGAAGAGCACACCGAGCGAGCACCCCGCAUCAGUCAGGAGUUUGGGGAGCGGAUGGCCCACUGCUGCCUGGGGGGGCUGGCAGAGUUCCUGCAGAGCUUCCAGCAGCGUGUGGAACGAUUCCAUGAGAACCCAGGCGUCCGGGAGCUGCCGCCUGACACCUAUAUCAGCAGGACCAUCUCCCUGGUCAAUUGCGGGCCCCCCCUGAGGGCCCUGGCGGAGCGCCUGGCCCGGGUAGGGCCCCCCGAAAGUGAGCCGGCCCGAGAAGCAGCUGCCAGCGCUCUGGACCGUGUGACCCGGCGCUGCCACCAAGUCCUGACCGACUUGCUGUUCCAGGAGCUGCAGCCGCACUUCAACAAGCUGAUGCGCAGGAAGUGGCUGAACAGUUCGGAGGCCCUGGACGGCAUCGUGGGCGCGCUGGGCGCUAAGGCCCUGGCCCUGCGCAGGAUGCAGGACGAACCUUACCAGGCGCUGGUGGCCGAGCUGCACCGGCGGGCGCUGGUGGAGUACGUGCGGCCCCUGUUUCGCGGGCGCCUGCGCUGUGGCUCCGUGCGGACCCGCAGCCGCGUGACCGGGAGGCUCCGGGAGGACGCGGCGCAGCUGCAGAGGCUGUUCCGACGCCUGGAGUCCCAGGCCUCGUGGCUGGACGCCGUGGUGCCCCGUUUGGCCGAAGUUCUACACCUGGAAGACACGCCCAGCAUCCAGAUGGAGGUGGGGAUGCUGGUGCGGGAUUACCCAGACAUCAGGCGGAAGCACGUGGCAGCCCUCCUGGACAUGCGGGGCCUCCGCCGCACCGCCGCCCGCCAUGAGAUCCUGGCGGUGGCCCGGGACCUGGAACUGUCGGAGGGGGGCAGCUUGUCACGCCCUCGGGACCGUGCCUUCUUCGCAGACAUCCCUGUGCCCCGGCCGCCCUUCUGCCUCAGCCUCCCUCUCUUCUUGGGCCGCCUCCCCCUGUCCCGGCUGGCCUGCCUGCCCUGGCCUCGGCCCCCGUCUCCAUCCCGGGCCCGGGCCCAACGCUGAGACUCUCCAGCCCCGCCUCGGUGUCCCCCACUCUCUGCUGCUGCUGACCCACCAUCCUCCAGACCGCCUGCUGGGGCCCGCAGACCCCUGGGCUGGAAAGAUCCUUAGAGGACGCCUCCCCUACCCCCAAACCUCUAGAAGAGAAACAGACCAGAAGGCAUAAAGACUUUCCCAAGGCCACGAAGCUUGUUCCCAGCACCACCUCCCCAGCCUAGUGUGCGGUGGGUGGUGUUCUGGAAGGCUCUGCAGAAAUAUCCCAGCCCCCCCUUUCCCCUCACCUCAAGGUCUGGCCUCCAUCCAGUGUAUUAAGGAACGUGUGAUACUUAGAAUAAAGAGGUUUCUAUUUAACACAA